AUGUCACAAGUCCACGCCUUGUCCGACGAUCAAGUCGGACAAGAGCUGCGUAAGAUGACAGCAUUCAUCAAGCAAGAAGCCAGUGAGAAGGCGCGUGAGAUUGAGAUCAAGGCAGAUGAAGAGUUCGCCAUAGAGAAGUCCAAGCUCGUGAGGCAGGAGACCGAUGCUAUCGACCAAGCUUACCAGAAGAAGUUCAAGCAAGCUACCAUGUCCCAGCAGAUUACACGGUCAACUCUGGCCAACAAGACACGCCUACGCGUGCUGGCUGCGCGCCAGGAGCUGCUGGACGAAAUCUUUAACGCCGCCGAGCAGCGCCUGGGCGAGCCCACAAAGGACGCUGUGCGGUAUGAGGGCAUACUUAAGGGGCUGAUCCUGGAGGGGUUCUAUGCUAUGGACGAGCCAGCCCUUCAGAUCCGGUCACGAAAGCAGGACCGUGAAGUUGUGCGCAAGGCUAUUGAUGCUGCCGUCAAGGAGUAUAAGGAUAAAACAGGAAAGGAAAUUUCCGCAACAGUCGAUGAGAGGAACGACUUGCCGGAGGGCAGCGCAGGUGGUGUGUUCAUUGUCGGCGGCAAUGGCAAGAUCGAUAUCGACAACACCUUCGAGACCAGGUUGAAGCACCUCAAGGAGAGUGCACUGCCGGCUAUACGCGAGACUUUGUUCGGCAAGAACCCCAAUCGCAAAUUCUUUGAUUGA